GUUGCGUUGUCCGUAUUCCUUGUUCCGCGACAGUUCGGCUCAGACUGAUAACUCUUAAAUCACUGUUUCCUCUGACAAGCAAAGUGAAAAUACUAGCACUGUACAAUGAAUAGAAUAGAAUAUUUAUUCUGUGAAAAAAUUCACAUUAUUGGAAACAGAAAGGAGCACUGUUAAGAUGCAGGUUCCUAUGUUCUGACGACGAUUCGCUGCAAGUCUGUAGAAAUGAUUGUUUUGACAGGAAUCUUGUUUACAUAGUCACGACAGAACGUAUUUUCUUCGUCUCAAAUGCUUUGGUUGGAGGUCGUUGUAAGGUCAGUCAAGCAAGGAGUGCGGGAGGUGUGGUACUGUGGUCCGUCGGCUGGCAGCAGCAGAAUGUCAUCCAGAUUUUCUGGCGUAAAGCUUGGGCCUCCCAUUGAAGUUUUUGCAUUAAAUAAAGCAUAUUUAGAUGAUUCUCAUCCUAAUAAAGCUAAUUUAACUAUAGGAGCAUACCGGACAAAUGAAGGGAAGCCAUGGGUGCUGCCAGUUGUCAGAAAAACAGAGAAACAUAUGGCAGAGGAUGACACAAGCAACCAUGAGUACUUGCCAGUGCUGGGAAUGGAAUCUUUCACAUCUGCAGCAACAAAGAUGUUACUUGGGCAUGACUCGAGUGCUGUAGUUCAAGGACGGGCUUUUGGCGUCCAGACAUUGAGUGGUACAGGCGCAUUGAGAGUUGGUGCUGAGUUUCUAAACAGGCACCUACACUACACCACAUUCUAUUACUCAAAACCAACAUGGGAAAAUCAUCGCUUGAUUUUUACAAAUGCUGGCUUCACUGAUCCAAGGGAGUAUCGGUACUGGGAUCCAAAUAAGAGGGCAAUAGACUUUGAUGGAUUGAUUGCUGACCUGCGGGACGCACCUGAAAAUUCUGUUAUUAUAUUACAUGCUUGUGCCCAUAAUCCUACAGGGAGUGACCCAACACAAGAGCAAUGGAUGAAAAUUGCAGAUGUAAUGAAGGAAAAGAAACUUUUUCCAUUUUUUGACUCUGCGUACCAAGGCUUUGCUUCUGGAGAUCCUGAUAAAGAUGCGUGGGCUGUUCGUUACUUUGCUCAGCAAGGCUUUGAAUUUGUGUGUGCCCAAUCAUUUGCCAAAAACUUUGGCCUGUAUAAUGAACGAGUAGGAAAUCUGACAGUGGUACUCAACAGCAACGAUGAGAUUAUAAAUGUUAAAUCACAGCUUACUCUUACUGUGAGAGGAAUGUACUCUAAUCCACCUAAUCAUGGAGCAAAGAUUGUUAGCACUGUUCUCAAUAAUGAACAUUUGUGCCAAGAAUGGAAAGAUUGCAUUGUUACCAUGUCAUCUCGUAUCAAGGAAAUGAGGCAAGGUUUAAAGGAGCGACUUCAACGACUGGGUACUCCUGGUACAUGGGACCACAUCACACAACAGAUUGGAAUGUUCUCUUACACAGGGCUAUCACCUCGUCAGUGUGAACAUCUCAUGAGUGAAUACCACAUCUAUCUCCUGAAGAGUGGACGUAUUAAUAUGUGUGGUGUCACUACACAUAACAUAGAUUACAUUGCCAAAGCAAUCCAUGAUACAAUCCUACUAUUGCCUGAAAGCAAAAUAUGAAAAAUUUAUUCAGUAUUAAUAUGUGACAUACUUUGGUUGUCUGCAGCCAACCAGAUUUGUUGAGGAUUUGUGGGUUUUGUAGUCUUGGCGAAUGCGUGCAGUUGCACUGGAUAGUUUUAACUUCUGCAGUGGCAACAGUUUUGAGUAGCCAUUGCAGUAUGUAGACAGCUGAAUUUCUUAAAACACCAAGUAUAUAUAAAGUCUUACGCUGAUCUUAGGGCCCAAUUUUAUAUUUCGUGUGUGUGUGUGUGUGUGUGUGUGUGUGUGUGUGUGUGUGUGUGUGUGUGUGUGAAGGAGAAAGGAAAUAUUGUGUAAGUACACUAAACAUUGUGGAAUGUGGUUUUAUGAACAUAGUUUGCUCUCAGGGAAAAUACAUUUAAUUAUUUUACUGUGUCAAAUUUAUUCUUUAAUCGAGUUUAUGAAAUAGAAAAAUGUUAAAUUAGAAUAAUGUGGUAGAUGGAAUUGCACUCUAAAAAGGGGAAUUUUGGUUGUUGAGAAAGCAAAUAUUUUUAUACUUUGAAUGUAGUUCAACUUUAUAUAGAUUUAUGAAAUGAUUGAGAAAAUUGUUAUUAUGAGUUUGUGGCUGACUAAAAAAAUGACAUUAUGCAAAAACAUAUUGAGACGGGUAUAGAAAUCAGUGUUACAUGAUUUUUUAUUUUAUUUUUUUUUGCAUUUUAUAAUAUAGAAGCUUGCUGCUGUAUAGAACAUUACCAGUUUAUUGCAGUUCUGAAAUAUUUAUUUUUGCUGUAUUACAUAUAUUUUCAUUUCGAACAUUUUAGUGGUAUUCUGCAGCAGUCAUUAUGAUAUGUUUGCAUUAUGCCUAUAAAGUUAUUUAGCACAUACAAUUUUUGUUAAAGUCACACUGAUGAAUUUAAUUAUUAAUUUGAGAUAAGCUACAUAUAAGCCUAAUAUUGCAAUAUUUGCAAAAUAUUGAAAAAACAACCUUGUUCAUUGUGAAAAUAUAAGUGAUAACAGCAAUUACUUUUAAGAUUGUAACUGAGGAAUCUGCAUUUGAUCAUAACUGCAAUUUUUAUGCUUUUUGUUACAUGGUUUCAAAUUUUAUUUUGACUUAGUGCAUUUUUUUUAUCAUUACACCAUUUUUACUGCCAGCCUGUUACAGUAUUUUGUACCAUUUUACUAUGAAGAAAGUUUCCCCAUUUCACCAUUAAAUGUUUCUUCUGUAUAAUACUAUACAAAACCUUCAAACCAUCUAAUAGUGUGUUCAAAUUAUUGAAUAACAGCAAGACUGUAAAUAGUUAACCUCAGUGACAGUUGUUAUUUCCAGAACGCACCUUGCAUGUUAAAACAUUAAUUUCAUUAGAUAACUUUUAUUUUUCCGAGAGAACAUCUUUUAGCCAUGUCCUUGCAGAAAAACUUGUAUUUACAGUAAACAAAAAUAACUCCAUAGCCUUCAAAAAGUUUGCUCUCUUAGAUAACAAUGGUCAUUAACUAAUAUUACUUACACAAGACCUGAGACAGCCACUAAUCGUUCAUUGCAUUAUCAUGUUAUAUUGAUGAUGAUGAUGAUGAUGAUGAUGAUGAUGAUGAUGAUGAUGAUUUUUGGCUAGGGCCUCCCAUCGAAUAGACACCACUUCGCCAACUUGCAUGUCAAAUAUUAGGUAUAUGCAACUGUAAAAUCGGAUACCUAAUUAUAUUUUCCCCAGAGUCAUAUUCCACUCUUACCCCCAAUGAUAUUUCAAAGCUUUCACUGAUGUUGGAAUCAAGAAUUUUUCUAUGUACUUCACUUCUCCUAACAAUUCUUGCAGAGAUAUUUGGAGAUCUAUUUUCAUAUAAUUUGGUUUUACCAGAGUUGGUAAAAAAUGAAUUUAUUUGUAUUUAGUUCAAGACUCCCAGACCUGCUACCCAUCUUUCUGUAUUAUUCACAUAAAAUCAUACUCCAUGGUGUUAGUUGAAUGUGUUGACUUUAAAUGGCUGUAAUCUGAACAUUGUUAAUAAGACAGGAAAACGAAAUGUAUCAAGUAACAUCAAUACUACUGUUGUCAUCUUUGGUUGCAUACGAAGUUGUCUGGGAUGAGAUAGUAAGAUACUUAUUUUGUAAGAUCGUAAGGUAUUGCUAUAGCUAGCAGCUAACGUUUAACAGCCGUUUCAAGAGUAUUACUUUUGAGAUUUAAUAUGCAUCCACUCAUGCCUGCUACUAGAUUUUAGUGUGUGGGCAAUGUACAUGGGUUCAGAAGUGUUCAGUAUGUUUGGGCAUAUCGUUAAACCACUGUAAUUGUAUGACAAGGCAGCUAUGUCAUAUAAUUUCAAAUAUUUGUUCCUUUGUUCAAGUUGUGGUGCUGUUGCCUUUAACAUGACUAGUGAAGUCUUUCAGUAAUAUUUGAAUGAAAACUAAUUUAGCCACCUGUUUUUCCCUGUAUUGGAAUCGUGUUACCUAUGAGAGUGAUUUAUUUAUGUAGUUCCUGGUAUAACAAAUUUAGGGAAGUACAAAGUGUGAUAUUGCAGUUAGCAAAAUAUAAACAACAAUUAAAAUUAUAAAAAAAUAUUUAUUCAGUGUUGAUUUUUUUGUUGAGUUGUAUUUUGUUCAAUAGCAUGUUGACAGUAAAAAUAAAGUUGUAAGCUUUA